AUGUUCCGUCUGUCACACCUCUUCGAAGCAACCAAAUGCGAAAGCACACACUCAGACAUGGAAUCAACUCAGACUCUGCCCUUCGCCAUUCCCUACCCGCAGUCACCGCAAUCCAUCGCGUCAUCCAACUCAGGAUCCCCUGCCGUUUCGCUCUUCUCCACGAGAACCCAUAACAGAUUCCCCAGCUCCUCCUCGUCGCUAGCAUCUUCCCCUGGUCUCGGGAGCCUCUCUGAGGGGUUCAGCACGAUGAAGACACAUUUGACCGAUGUGAAAGAGGAACCACUGGAGCGCGAGACAAGUCCUGUUGGAGGCUGUCCGUAUUUUCGUCAUUUUAACAAGGUUCACACGGGUGAUCAUGUUGGUGGCGGUGAUGACCUGAUAUUGGGGUCUCAUGAAUACGACCUUUCCGACGAUGUUGUAGAAAUCAACGGUACGCCUAAGAAACGAAAACCAGAAAAUACCCAAUCUGCCUCUUUUCACGGUAUAUCUCGAAUAAGUACCCGAUUUACUUCCAUGUCAUCCAAAUGGAAACAAAAACAGAGACCAGAUACUGCUGCAGUUUUGGGGAAAUAUGAUGAAUCAUUGCGAUCGCGUGCCAAUUCCGCAACAUCGAUGUUAGUGAGGCCCGCAGUCAGCUCUCUCUCUAUUCAACACAGCCAUAAUUCCUCCUCGCCAGCGAGAGCGAUAUUUGAAGAUCGGUUAAACGAGGCCGGUAUUCCAGGUCUGGAUAUUGACAAGGCAAAUCGACAAAGUAUAACAGAGAUUCAACCGAAGGCGACAACACCGCUUUUACCACCUAUGAUGAUGGAAUUCCUGAAAGGGGAUGACAUAUCCCUCACUCAAUCACCAUUACAAUCCCCCUCCGUUGCAGAUGUGACUGACACUUCACACCCAACCACCUCCCACAACUCCCUGGACACCUCCCGACCAGCAUGCCUACCUUCACCCCCACUAUCAAAUCAGCCAUCCGUAUCAUCCAUAAGCCGACAACUAGCAGCUGCCAUAGGGCAAGUUCCAGACAUUUCCCCGGUCGCAAUGCCAGAACCAAAUGACGCAUGGUCGAACAAACUAGGCCACGCCAACUUCACCAUCAGGCCCGAACCCUACCUCCCGCAAACCCGAACCCUCGAAGCCUUGGAAUCACACACAACAAACUGGUCCCGCGCCCGCUGUAACUACGCGAAGCACCUCAUCCGCAUCCGUGAACAUUACGGCCUUACCUCCAACAUCUACCACCUAACAGAAGAAAAAUGGGACUCCGUCGAUGCACAGUGGAGAGAAACGCAUGACCAACUUGUCGCAGGUCUGGAAGAUAGCAAGGGCAACCCGGUCAGAAUGGGCAACAAGCCUAUUAUUAUGAAACAUGUUCACCUGGUUGAAGCUGUCAAAAUCCCCAAGCUGGACAAGGAGAAGUUUCCAGAUCUAGGUGAUGAAGAUAUUGUAGGGCCGAUGUCUGUGGCUCCUGGGCCACCACAGAUGUCACCUGGCAGGACCUGGAAGUCGAAAAACCGGACAUUCUUCAAGUUCCUCCGGGACUUAUUUAGUCCUUCUGGGGUGAAAGCUUGA